CACUGCCCUUUACAAAGAGGACGUUAUCUCCGCCUGGCAUGGCUCCGUCCAACCAGGUUCGCAUAGGAGCCGUACAGGCAGAGCCAGUCUGGCUCGACCUUGACGGCAGUGUUAACAAAACCAUCGGUCUCAUUGAACAGGCAGCAUCAGACGGAGUCCAGGUUCUUGGAUUCCCCGAGGUGUGGAUUCCAGGAUACCCGUGGAGCAUGUGGAUGUCCGCAGUCAUCAACAACACACACAUAAUCCAUGAGUAUAUGGCAAACUCGAUGCCGCGGGACUCGGAGCAAAUGCGGCGAAUCCAAGAAGCUGUUAAGAAAGCUGGCAUGUUCGUCGUCCUCGGAUACAGCGAACGAGAGGGCGCUAGCUUGUACAUGGCACAGUCUUUCAUCUCGCCCCAGGGAGAAAUCGUGCACCACCGUCGUAAGAUCAAACCAACACACAUCGAACGCACUAUUUGGGGAGAGGGCCAAGCUGAGUCGCUCAAAUGCGUGGUCGACUCUCCGUUUGGCAAGGUCGGUGGCCUCAACUGCUGGGAACAUCUCCAGCCGCUACUGAGGUAUUAUGAGUACUCGCAGGGUGUGCAAAUCCAUGUGGCCAGCUGGCCAGCCGAAUUCGAGAUGCCAGACCCGGCAAAGAUCAGCUGGCUAUACCAUGAAACAGGAGAGGCGAGCUAUCGAGCGAGCCAGUUCAUGGCUAUUGAAGGCCAAUGCUUCGUGCUCGUAGCAUCUCAGAUCCUGACCGGAGAGAACGUCGCUAAAAACAACUUGACUGGGAAUCCCGUCACCAAGACUCCUGGAGGUGGCUUCUCCAUGAUUUUCGGUCCCGACGGAAAGCCCCUGUGUGAGCCGAUCGAUGCCGGAGCUGAGGGAAUUCUGAUGGCAGAUGUGGACCUCAGAGACAUUGACUACCCUAAAGCUUUUAUCGAUGUUGUGGGCCACUACGCUCGGCCAGAUCUGCUUAGUCUGUUGGUGAACCCAAAGGUGGACAAGCAUGUAACUAUGAUGCAAAAGUAGUUAAUAGUUGGCCCUGCCGCGUAUGCUGGGUGACUGCAGUUGUCAAG